AUGUCUGGUUUGAGCGAAAAGUUUGAGACGCUGCAGCUGCAUGCGGGCCAGGAGCCUGAUCCGACUACCAAGUCGAGAGCUGUUCCUAUCUACGCAACCACAAGCUACACCUUCAAUGACUCGGCUCACGGGGCGAGGCUCUUUGGCCUCAAGGAGUUUGGCAACAUCUACAGCCGUAUCAUGAACCCCACCGUCGACGUCUUUGAAAAGCGCAUCGCCGCUCUCGAAGGCGGUGCCGCCGCCCUCGCCGCCGCGUCCGGCCAAGGCGCGCAAUUCAUCGCCAUCAACACCCUCGCCCAUGCCGGCGACAACAUCGUCUCAACGUCCAACCUCUACGGCGGCACGUACAACCAGUUCAAGGUGUUCCUGCCACGGCUCGGCAUCAAGACCAAGUUCGUCGACGGCGACAAGCCCGAGGACAUUGCCGCGGCCAUCGACGACAAGACCAAGGCCGUCUUCCUCGAGAGCAUCGGCAACCCGCGCUACAACGUGCCCGACCUUGAGGCCAUUGCCAAGGUCGCCCACGACGCGGGCGUCCCGCUCAUCGUGGACAACACCUUUGGCGCUGGUGGCUACUUCAUCCGCCCGAUCGACCACGGCGCCGACAUUGUCGUGCACUCUGCAACCAAGUGGAUUGGUGGUCACGGCACCACCAUUGGCGGCGUCAUCGUCGACUCUGGUAAGUUCGACUGGGGAAAGCACUCGAAGCGGUUCCCGCAGUUUGUCGAGCCGGCGGAGGGGUACCACGGCCUCAAGUUCUGGGAGGCCUUUGGCAGCAUCUCCUUCAUCAUUAGGGCUCGUGUCGAGAUCAUGAGAGAUCUGGGCGCCGCGCUGAACCCCUUUGCCGCGCAGCAGUUGCUGCUGGGGACGGAGACGCUGAGCCUGCGCGCCGAGAGGCAUGCCCAGAAUGCGCUUGCCCUGGCGCGCUAUCUCGAGAAGAGCCCCUACGUCAGCUGGGUUAGCUAUCCCGGCCUGGAGAGCCACCCCUACCAUGAGACUGCUAAGAAGUAUCUCAAGAAGGGGUCGGGUGGUGUGCUGAGCUUUGGUGUCAAGGGGGGCGGCGCGGCGGGCAGUCAGGUCGUGGAUGGGUUUAAGCUGAUUUCUAACCUGGCGAAUGUCGGUGAUGCCAAGACGUUGGCUAUUCAUCCUUGGACGACUACCCAUGAGCAGCUGACUGAUGAGGAAAAGGCCAGCUCUGGCGUUACAGAGGAUCUUAUUCGUAUCUCGGUCGGUAUCGAGCAUAUUGAUGACAUUAUUGCCGAUUUUGAGCAGUCGUUUAAGGCUGCGGAGGCUACUACCAAGGCGUAG